UGGGGGAGGCUCGGCUGACUUGCUGACUGGGAACGGAUAUGGCGGCGACUCUGGGCAGCGGGGAGCGCUGGACGGAAGCUUACAUUGAUGCAGCUAGAAGAAACAAAUACCCAGAAGACAGACCUCCUGAGAGUCAUGACCCCUGUAGUUGCUGUAACUGCAUGAAGGAGCAAAAGGAAAAGAAGUCUGAGAAUGAGCAGAAUCAGACUCGGCACGGUGAGGGGAGCUCCACUUAUACUGAGGAACAGCUGAUUGGGGUACAAAGGAUCAAGAAAUGCAGAAAUUACUAUGAAAUUCUGGGAGUUUCUCGAAACGCCAGUGACGAAGAGCUUAAGAAAGCUUACAGAAAACUCGCCCUGAAAUUCCACCCUGACAAGAAUUGUGCUCCUGGAGCAACAGAUGCUUUCAAAGCAAUAGGAAAUGCCUUUGCAGUCCUGAGCAAUCCUGACAAGAGACUCCGCUAUGAUGAAUAUGGGGAUGAACAGGUGACUUUCACUGCUCCUCAAGCCAGACCUUACAAUUAUUACAGGGACUUUGAAGCUGACAUCACUCCAGAAGAGCUAUUCAAUGUCUUCUUUGGAGGACAUUUUCCUACAGGAAAUAUUCAUAUGUUUUCAAAUGUGUCAGAUGACACUCACUAUUACCGCCGGCGGCACCGACAUGAAAGGACACAAACACGGAAAGAAGAGGAAGAAGAUAAACCUCAGACUACAUAUUCUGCAUUUAUUCAGUUACUUCCAGUUCUUGUGAUUGUGAUUGUAUCUGUCGUUACUCAGCUGCUGGCUGCUAAUCCCCCAUAUAGUCUAUUCUAUAAAUCGACCUUGGGCUAUACUAUUUCCAGAGAAACCCAGAACCUGCAGGUGCCUUACUUUGUGGAUAAAAACUUCGACAAGGCCUACAGAGGAGCUUCUCUACGUGAACUGGAGAAGACAAUAGAGAAGGAUUACAUUGAUUACAUCCAGACAAGUUGUUGGAAGGAGAAACAACAAAAGUCAGAGUUGACAAAUUUGGCAGGAUUAUACAGAGAUGAACGAUUGAAACAGAAAGCAGAGUCACUGAAACUUGAAAACUGUGAAAAACUUUCCAAACUUAUUGGUCUACGCAGAGGUGGCUGAGACGACGAUGGUCCUAUGCAGGGUUGGGGUUUUGUUACUUGUUACUAUUUAUGUUCCUAAUUCCAUUUUAUAAUACAAAAUUAGGAAAUGAUGAACAUUUUACUAUUUGCUUACUUUGUUUGUUGGGCAGAUUUGAAGGAGCUUGAGCAUGGAGUCAGACUUGUCAUCACAGAAUCCUCCUUGGGGAUUGACUCAUCUAAGUUAAAUUAAUGGCAAAGCAUUUGAUCCAGUCCCUUGCUCCAUGCCUACCCUGCCUCGAUGAAUGUAGUUCAGGACGUUCCAGAGCAGAUCCAUUUUUUCUUCCUUCUCUCUUCUUCAAUGAGGUCCCAAAACCGAGGUGUUCCUAGGCUUAGCCAAAGCAUCUUAAUAUUAAUUACAGUGUCCACCAAGAAUUAUACCUUUUCCUUCAUUAGAGAUUCAGUCUUUGUAACAUGUUCCUACUCAACUUUCCAUUUACUAAGGAGAAUAUGGAGAAUUUAAACUAUUGUAGUCAAUAGUUUUCUAUUAUUCCAGUCUCUGUUCAGUUAAUAGCAUUAGCAAACUGCCUGACUUGAGGUUUAUUUCUUUAACCCUUUCUCUUCUAGAGGGUACAAAAUUAAAAACUACUGAGCUGUGAAACAGUUUAGUGGACAACUCAGCAGCAGGAAGCAGGGGCUGGGGUGAAGGUAAAAUGUGAGACUGAGUCUCCCAGCGCCUCAGUGCAGGUUCCCAACCCAGAGAAUGUUCUUUUUGUCAUUUCCCCUUGGUGUCAUCACAUGGAAUCAUCACCCUUGUGCUGAGUCCCUACACCCCACAGAGGUACAGUGGUCAGACCCAUGAGGAGGCAUUGCCAGCCAGUCAAACCACUUGCUCAAGCUUAGAGAAAGAGGAAGAAUCCUCUAUGCGUGGUUAGGGGGACUCCAGUGUUGGCCCCAGCAGUCACUUUGUUCAACCCAGUGCCCUACAGUUUGUGAUAUAAGACAUUUUUCAUUCAUUCAACAUUUAUUGAGUGCCCCCUAUAAAACAGGGGCUCUCACAGUAUUUUCUUACUUAAGCCUCCUCGCAACUCUAUGAAGUAGAUUUAUUAUCUCUGUUUUUAUGAAUGAGAACAUUGGCCCUGAGAGGGUGAAUGGUUGACCUGGGUCAUAUAACUGCUAGUGGCAGAGCUAGAUGGUAGGCUGAUUAUCAAAUAGAAAGUGUGAGAGAUUGUCCUCAUUUCUCAAGUGAUUCUAGCCAGAUUGGUAAAGCAGAAUCUUUCCCAAGGAUGCCUCUGUCCCUGCCCCAAAGUCCUACCCCUUGCCCAUGACCCUUCAUCCUUUCUAGGUUAUCCUACAUCCAUUCAGGACAACUUUCCUGCUGGUCUUUAGGAAGCAGGGCCCUCUCCACACACAAAAUAAGAGUUCCACAAAGAUAAGCAGCCGUUCCCACUGGAAACAAGGAAGAGCUAAGUCUUUGCCUCAGCUGUGUGGUUCUGGGCCUUCCUGUGGAGGUGAGCUACCAGGAUUGAGCUGCCCAAAUUAUCAUGAAUCUCUGAACUUGGGAGGAUCAGUAGGUGACUAGUCUACACUCCAUGUUUUCUUCAGGUUGGAAGAAAAGUUCCUGUUGGAAGGAGAGUCUGCAUUAAAAUUGAUUUCCAAAGUAGAGUCUCUUCGUUCAGAUGCAUAGCCAUGAUCUAGACAGAAGUGUCCAGAAUGGUUCAACAUGUGCGCAUUCCACAGAGUGAGGAGAUGUUUUCAUAGAUGAAGAAUAAGGGCUUUGGGGGCUGGUAGGAGACAAUUGCUCAGCUAUAAGGGGAUGGGGCAGCUCCAGAAAUAGCCAGAUUUUGCUACCCAACUAGAUCUAUCCUGGUUUUGGGGGGUCUUCUUGACUCCCUCUGAGUGACUGAAGGAAUUUACAUUGUAAAAUGUGCCCGUGAGCCAGACAGGCUUAUGGAAGGUUGUUUUCCUAUACAUACAAAAAUCAAAGCUCUCCUCUCCCCGUCCCCAACCUCUGCUAGAAAAUGGGCCAUAAUGAAACUGACUUCAAAGGUUAAAAGAUCCUGCUCUAGAUGCCCAUGAAUAGUGUAGUCACACAUUUUAUGGAUUUCAUGGCAGCGAUGAGUUAUCUAUGGUACUAAAUAGAGGCAAUACUAACUCCAUUAAAUGUCAUGUCGAUUAUCUGUUUUUAUAGCACUAACAGUACUGUUGUAUUUAUUACCAGUAGACCACAACAUUGACAUCUGGUUUUUCUCAGGGGAACUGUAUUUGCUUUUGGUUGAAAGAUAGUUUAAUCUAUUUGGUACUCUUCAGAAUAUUAUUAAACUAUAAUGUCCUGGGUUAUAUUUUAGAUGGGUUGUCUGCAUCGUGGUAAAAUAAGCUUUUUCCUCUUGCCUACAACCUUUGGAAGAUUUCCUGAUAAUAUAAAAAUUCUUUAGGUAAAGGCUUAUUCUGGCUGUCAGAACUUGGCACACAGCUCUAGACUGCUUCUUUAGGAGCACUGCUGCAGACUGCAGACGUGUGAUGGGAUGUGGCUAAGAAAUAGGGCUUGAAGCGCAAGGAGAAACGGAGGCUCUCAUUCAGAUGAAUGUGCUCUCUGCACGGCAUGAUCAGCAGUGAGGAGGGGAGGAUGGAAAUGCUUCUCACCAUGAAGAACACUGCAGCUUGAAGGCAUCUGUGUCUCCAGAUUAGCAACCCUGGGGUUCCUCUGCUCAAGGUAGAAAACUUCUAAGCUUCUUUGAUCAGCUCCAGGCCUCACAGCUUAGGAGAGUGACCAGUAAGAAAAUGCCAUUGCUAUGCUUUCUGUUGGAAACUAUUAGAAAUCACAGUGAACUCCAAACCCCACUGCAACAUGGGAUCCAGCAGCCUGGCCACGCUGUUUGUAACUCUCAUUUUCACCCUCACAGUCAGGACUGGCUUUGUAAGGAGGUGCUGCUGGGAUUCCAGCAGCUUUCUGUUAAACUAGCCACACAUGCAAGUUCAUUGUCUGCAUGCACUGCUCCUCACAGGAGCUAGCACUUAAUUUGUAUUUAUUUUGGACUCAUUUAAGGUGUAGUUUAGUGUCCUAAUAUAUGUUUGGAAAGGGCCAAGUUAGUAUACAUCUUAUUUUGAGCCUGCAUUAUUGAUACCUCGUGCAGUGACCACCCAGUAACUAUCUACCCAUGUGUUAGACACUGAUUACAUCCUCUGCAUCACACUCUAUUUGGAGUUAAAGUUGUGAAUGUUCUGUGACCAGAGCCAGGGACGACACAGAUGGAAUCAGCUUCUGGUGGAGUAAGAAUCCUGAAAAACCUGGUCACAUGAUCCACUGCAUCUGGACUGAGUGUAUUUUAACAAAGA